UGUACAACCUGUGUUAGAAUUUUCGUUGUAAACAAUCAAUUUUCUUUAUUUGUUUUUGCUUAUUACCGCAUUAACACAAUAAAUGAAGAUGAAUGCUACUAGUCUAUACGUUUCUACGUGCCGUCUCAUAAUACUAGCGGACGCGGCGGAUAAGUCUUCGUGGACGGAUUUAUUUCGUUUAGUUCCAUACUUGCGGCAAUCUUUGUCCUGUACAGUUUGCAGUAAUUUGCUUAAAGAACCUUACACGCCGACCAGUUCUGGGUGUCAGCAUCACGUGUGUAAAAAGUGUAAAGGCGGGAGAAAGAAAUUAAAACCGUCUUGUAGUUGGUGUAAGGAUUACGAUAAUUAUGCAGAAAAUUUGCAGUUACGGAUUCUGCUACAGUGUUAUAAGAAGUUGUGUGAAUAUUUUAUGGGUACGGACGUUUACAAGAGUCUGUUGGAGGAGGACGAGGUGGCGGCGGGCGUGAACGGCGGUACGGUCGCGAGUUCGGGGCUUAUCGACCUGAUUCAAGAGGGCGCGGGUUUCGCCGACGACUACAAGAGCACGGCGGGCCUGUCCAAGUCCGCCUACAGUAUCCUUCCCUGUGUCUACACCAACUCUGCCUCCACACAGACGCAGGCGGCCUCCACCUCUAGCAAUACUGAAACAAGAUCCUCCAGUAAAGACUCCCCUAACUCAAGAGCGAUGUCUAAUGGCUCUCCUCUGUACUCUGUGAUGUAUGCUGGCUCUGGCAAUAAAAUUACUAUUAAGAGAAAAGCAGUUGAUGAAACAGAUUCAUCAUCACCGAGUGAACCAGCCCCUAGGGAAAGUAAGUCAAAUCAAUUAGGAUUUAAGAAGCCAUCAAACCGCACCCGAAGCUCAGCGAGCAGUAAACGGAAAGGCUGCCGAUGUGGCAACGCAACAGCAACACCCGGGAAAUUAACAUGUUGUGGGCAGAGGUGUCCAUGCUAUGUGGAGAGCAAGCCCUGCACGGAGUGCAAGUGUAAAGGCUGCCGGAACCCGCACAGGCCUGAUGGGAUGAAGGUGCGACCACACAUACCUCAGCUGGACACGCUGCAGUUGAACAUGAACUCGGACAGCUCCCCGUCGUGCUCCGGCUCCAUGGACAGCCUGGACCCUGACACCCUCACCAUGGAGGCUAUGGAGGAGAGCCUCAACUUCAAUGCGGACCUCAAACCGUCUAAUAUUAAGGUAUACACAAGUCAAUUACAAGAAGUAUCAGCAUCAUUACCAGCCACGAUAAUGAUGGACGAGGAGAUGCCAGCGUCGCCUGACGGAGACGAAGCCAGCUCGCCGCCUGACUACGCCAUCUCGCCAGAAAGCCACUCGCCAAGAUCCGAACCGACGCUAGACCCGAAUAGCGACGUGGAAGUCGACGUAUGACACCGACGUAUGGUUGAGAGCGAUUAGCUUGUAGCUAUGUGCGCGCUCUGACGCUUACUGAUGGUUUCCGAGGCGU